GGUCCUAAAAUGCGCUGGUCCGGCUAGAACCUAGAAGAUACAAGAAAAGCAUCACUUGAUAUACACCCUUGCUCUUCUUGCAAGAAACGUACAAAGGGUGUCCUCAGCUCGCACUCUUCUGCCACUACAAAAGAAAGGAACAUGGACUCAAUUCGCGGCUUUUGAGUAAUCAUAUCAUUGUUGUGCAUGCACUGGCCAAGCUCCCCAUGCCACACAGCCGGCCAGCAACAAACAUAUUCUUGGGUAUUUGGCUCCAAUAGGCCAAGCAUUCAUCCAUUCUAAAGGUGGUCCAAGACAACUGAUCUGGUGCAGAAAUGAAGAGCUUGAUCAAACUAUUUAACGACUGGGAAAUUCAACUGCUUGUGCUUCUUAGUUUCACACUACAGUUAUUCCUCUUCUUUGCUGGUAGCCUUCGGCGGCAUUGGACCAAUAUGUUCCUUAGGUUCUCAAUAUGGAUGGCUUAUUUGGGAGCAGACAUGGUUGCGGUUUUUGCCCUAGGCUACCUAUCUCGACAUGUGGGUUCCACCACUGCUGGAAGGGACACAUUAGGGAGAGCCCAACCACUGGCCUUUUUCUGGGCACCCUUCCUCCUCGUCCAUCUUGGUGGGCAGGACACUAUCACUGCAUUUUCCAUGGAGGAUAACAAUUUAUGGUUGAGGCAUUCGUUAAAUAUGGUGGUGCAGGUUGUUCUUACUACAUAUAUUUUAUGGAUGUCUAUUGGAAGGCACAACAUGCAGCUUCUAAUUUCAGGAAUAUUCAUUUUCGCUGCGGGAGUUAUCAAGUAUGGAGAAAGGAUCUGGUCCCUCAAGUAUGGGAGUAUGGAAAGCCUCGAGAGCUCCACUGGGAAUCAAUAUAUGCAACAGCUUGCACGAUCAGUUGAUGUGGACGCUGGCUAUCCUAGAACUGUCUGCACUGGACUGCGUUCGAUGCCGAGAGUUCAUCAAGUCUUCACCAGUCGUUCCUCCGAUAUUGAUAUGGACGAAUCCAGGUUGGACGACGAUGAGUUGUUCAAGUUGGUGGGCUUUGAGCUUGGCAUGUUGCACAAUGAUCUCUACACCAAGGCUGUUGUUCUCAGAACAAGGACCGGAAUUAUACUACGUUGUAUCUCUCAAAUAACUGUGAUUGUUGCCUUCGUGACGUUCCUUGUUUCAGGCAACAAGCACAGUUACCAUAGAGCUGAUAUUGCAGUCACAUAUUCACUGUUUAUUGGUGGUUUUUUCCUGGAUUUCUGUGCCAUUUUUAUAUCCUUGAGGUCCCCGUGGACUUGGUUGUGGUUGAAGGCUCGAGGGUGUAACAUGCUUGCCAGGUUCUCUUGGUUUCUUUUUUCCAACGACGCCAUUGGAUGGUCGGAGAAAAGGACAUUGCGGUCAAUUGUAGCUGGGCAGUACAACUUGAGGGGUUGGUUAGUGCAUACUGAACAGCCAAGGUCGUUCUUUAGUCCACUAAUGAUGACGGUGAGAAAGUCGCUGACACUAUGUGGUGCCCAGGAGGAUAAAAUAUUUUGGUUGAGCAAAAUAUUAGGCUGGGAGUACGCCAAAGGGGACAAAAUAAUGGAAUGUCUCCAAAGCAAGAUGUAUGGUAGGUGGUAUUUUGCAUAUGCGACUCCUCGCAGUGUAUGGAAUGAGUAUGAGAAAAUAAUGGAAUAUAUCCAGGGUUUUGUGGGCCAACCAAAAAAUUCUGAACUCAAUGAUUUUGGCAAUAUGCUUGUCUACAUGCAUAUACAAACAGAGGCACACCUGAGGGAAGACCUGUUCUCGGACGUGGAAAGCACUGUGUGCCGGCAACUGUCCCGCUACAUGAUGUACCUCCUGGUUACCCACCCUUCCUUGCUGGCUCUCGAUACAAGUGCAGUAGCUACGCUGGAUUUGUGGCGAGCAGCUGCUAAUUACAAGUGCAGUAGCUACGCUGGUGACUUUUGGGAGCGGAUCAAUCCUUGGUCAUCCAGCACGGAAGCAUUGCAGGAUCUCGUUGACUUUUGGGUGUGGGUGAUCAUGUAUGCUGCGGCCAAAUCACGGUCGGAGAUGCACGCGGCGCUGCUGGCCAGAGGUAGUGGAGAACUCCUCACCUUCGUAUGGCUGAUCCUGGCCCACCUUAAAUGGCGCGAUCUUUCCGGCCUGUCCUGGUUUCGCAAGAUGGAUCAUAAGGAAUUUAAUAGGACCGGUGUAUUUGGUCAGGUACGCGGCCACUCACCAAUUUCUGGAUUUGAGCAUUAAUUUAUUAUGUGUUAGCGUUAGAUCUCUAGCACUCCCUCCAUCCCAAAUUAUAUAUACAUGUUAUUUUGACUUUUUCAGGUGUAUAGCACCUUAUCUAAUAAAUUUACUAGCACGGGUGUAUUUGCUAAGCAAUUCUACGUACAUUCUACUACCAGCAGUUUUUUUAGUAUAUAUUGAAAGAUACAACCCACUAGCACAUGUAUCUUAUCAU